UACUUUGUGGCGGACAGAUGCCACUUGUCAAAUUUGUUAUAGACUACUACUGCACAUUUAUGAAAGUGUGUUACAUUGAUGUCCUCACUCAUAUUUUUUGUUCUGCCCCUUUCCCUAGUAAUUUUAUCAGAAUGUAAUAACCAGCAUGAAUUUGUUUUCUUACUUACCUACAUAGUACAUACCAACUUGAAUAAAUAAAUGCACUAUUUAACUUCAAGUUUUAUUUUUUACAUUGAUGUAAAAAAAAAAAGGUGUUAUUUUUACGCUAAAGGCCAUUGUAAAAAAUGUCAUUCAACCGGAAAAAAAAAUCACAAGACGGUCGCCGCUGAAGACGCCUGAUGAUGUGUUCAAUCGGAGGAGUAUUAGCUCUUUGUUCUCCGGCUAAAUUUCAUCAUCGCCGGGAACAAUCGCAGAUUUUUACUCCGACCCAUCUCCGUAAUCCUAAUGGGUUUCAAUUUCGUUGGAGAAAUUCUCGAGCUUUCGCUCCCAAACUCGCCCAAUCCGAUCCCAAUUUCGCUACGCCCUUAUCACAUCUUCCUCUUAUACGCUCUUCGACGUCUCCUCAUUCUUCCAAGGACUUCUUCGUUCAGAAUCUGGCGAGAAAAGCCGCGAUUUUACUUGUUGGGUCUUUUGUCUUUCUAGGGUUUUGUUCUUCGAAGCCUGCUUUAGCGCUACCCGCUGCAGCCGUGGUCUCUCAAGCGGAGUUGGAUGACGAGAUAAUGUUCGAGAAGCUUCUGGAGAGUGAGCCAGAGAACAUGGAGGCUCUGAAGGCUGUUUUGUAUAAGAAGAUGAGGAGAGGGAAAACUGAAGAUGCUGUGAAAUAUGUUGAGAAGCUCAUGAAAUUAGAGCCUCAUGAGAUUGAAUGGAAGCUUUUAGAAGCGCUUUGUUAUGAGACAAUGGGACAACUGAGCAGAGCUAAGAGAUUGUUUAAGGAUAUUCUUAAAGAACAACCUCUUUUGAUCAGAGCUUUGCACGGUCUUGCGAUGGUAAUGCAUAAGACUCAUGACUCCUCUGUCUUUGAUAUGCUCAUGGAAGCUAUGGAGGUUGCUCGACAAGGAAACCGAGUAACUGAGGAGAGAAACAUACAAGUCUUGAUUGGUCAAAUGCAUAUUGUCAAGGGUCAAUUUGAAGAAGGUCUAAAGGUAUUUCAACAGAUGGUCAAUGAUAACCCUCGAGAUUUCCGACCUUACCUUUGCCAGGGCAUAGUCUAUAGCUUAAUGGAGAAGAAGGAAGAAGCAGCGCAACAGUUUGAGAUAUAUUGGAGUCUUGUACCUGAAGAAUUCCCACAAAAGGGAUUUCUCGACGAUGUUGCAUUGGCUGCUCAAGCCAAAUCCCGAGAACGACUUCAAAACACAUUCAAAGCUAAAUUUGCUCAGGGGAAAUAAAACAUGGAUAAACAAUUUUCAGUAUCCAGGUAUGAAAUGUUAUCAUGUGACGGGGUUAAAGACAAAAACCGAACUGGAGCAGGCGGAGUCAGUGGGUACAUUGUGGAACCUAGAAGAAUGACACUUUGGGGGCUUUGCAGUCAUGUUGUGAUUUCUCUCAAGUGCAGAAUCAGAAAGGUUGUAGUAACAUUUUUUUCAUGUGUAUAAAAUUUCAAAUUAGAUACUUUUUCUGCGUCUCUCUGUCGUUCAAUUGCUACUUUUUAUUAUUAUGACGUGUAAUUUGAUAAAUUAUACUUUUUGCCAGUUCU